AUGCCGCUGCCGCUCCCCGCGCCCGCUCUGCACCGUCUGGACGCCCUCGCCGAGAAGUACGGCACGCCGCUGCAGCUCUACGAUGAGCAGCUGAUGCGCGACAACGCGCGCCGUCUGCUGAGCGCCUUCCGCGCCCACUUCCCCGACUUCCAGCAGUUUUACGCCGUGAAGGCGCUGCCGAACCCAGCGAUCAUCAGGCUGCUGCACCAGGAGGGAUGCGGCAUGGACUGCAGCUCGUCCGCGGAGCUGUACAGCGUGAAGCAGAUGGGCGUCCCCGGCGAGCAGGUUAUCUUCACGUCCAACUUCACGGCGCAGAAGGACCUGACCACGGCCUUUGACCAGGGCGUGAUCAUCAAUCUGGACGACGUCUCGCUCGUGGACAGCGUCGUGAAUGCGCGCGGAAAGUGCCCCGAGCUCAUGAGCUUCCGUCUGAACCCGGGCCUGGGCCGCACGGACUCAGAGACCAAGUCGAACGUGCUCGGCGGACCUGAUGCCAAGUUUGGUGUGCCUCCGUUUCAGAUUGUUGAGGCCUACCGCAAGGCACAGCAGGCUGGCGCCAAGCGCUUUGGUAUCCACAUGAUGACUGGAUCGUGUGUGAUGACGCAGGAGUACUGGCGUGAGACGGUCACGGUGCUGUUCCAGACCAUUGUGCAGCUGAAGAACGAGCUCGGUAUCGAGUUUGAGUUCAUGAACAUCGGUGGAGGACUCGGCAUCCCCUACCGCAACGGCCAAGAGGCUGUGGACGUAGAGGCUAUCGCUAAGAUGCUGCGUGAAGUAUUCGACGAAGCCAUGAAGACGUACAAGCUGGAGAAGCUUCCGCGUCUUUGCAUGGAGAACGGUCGCUUCAUGACGGGCCCGUUUGGCUGGCUGAUCACGCGCUGCGAAGCCAUCAAGGAGACGUACGGUCGCUACUACGGCGUCGACGCCUGCAUGGCGCACCUCAUGCGCCCGGGUAUGUACGGUGCUUACCACGAGAUCUCGAUCCCGGCACGGGAGAACGAGGAGGUGGUUCCGUCGCACGUUGUGGGCACGCUAUGUGAAAACAACGACUGGUUUGCGAAGGACCGUCCUUUGCCGAGAGCUCAGGUCGGUGACCUCCUUGUCAUUCACGACACAGGCGCGCACUCGCACUCGAUGGGGUUUCAGUACAAUGGCAAGCUCCGCGCUCCUGAAGUGCUUCUGCGCGCAGACGGCAGUGAGACGCUCAUUCGUGAGCGCGAGACGUACGAGUCCUUGUACGGCAAUUGUGUGAUGCCCGCGGAUCUGUAA